CCGGGCGCAAGGGCGGCCAGGGACACCUCCUCCUCCUCCUCCUCCUCCUCCUCUGCUGCUGCUGCUGCUGAGGAGGAGCAGGAGGAGGAGGUGCCUCCCAGGCCUGGCCUCGCCCAUCUCGGGCAGUCGCCGCCGCCGGCCUGCAGGCUCUUUCCUGGGGCGCGAUGCUGGCCGUCGGGGGGGCCGUGGCCGCCGUGGCGCUGCUGCUGCUGCUGCUGCUGCUGCUGGUGUCGGUGUCCCGCCCGGCCGCCUGGGCCGAGGUGGCCUUCCUGGCGCGCGCCUGGCGGGGCCGGCGGGAGCUGCUGGGGGAGGCGGGCAGCAGCCUGGCGCAGCGCUGGGGGCGGCUGGCGCGCUCGCGGCCGGAGAAGGUCUUCCUGCGCUUCGAAGGGCGCAGCUUCAGCUACGGCCAGGCCGAGCGGGAGAGCAACCGGGUGGGCCAGGCGCUGCGGGGCUGGCCGGGCGGCCCCGCCGGCGGAGGAGGAGGAGGAGGAGGAGGAGGAGGGGGCGGCCCCCUGCAGCCCGGGCAGACGGUGGCGCUGCUGGUGGGCAACGAGCCCGCCUUCGUGUGGGCCUGGAUCGGCCUGGCCAAGCUGGGCGUCCGGGCGGCCUUCCUGGGCACGGCGCUCCGCCGAGGGGCGCUGCUCCACUGCCUGCGCGCUUGCGGCGCCCGGGCGCUCCUGGUGGCGCACGAUCUUUUUGAGGCUGUGGAACCCAUCCUCCCGAACUUGCAGGAAAUGGGCAUCGCGGUCUGGGCGUUGGGGAAGGGGCCCUACCCUCCUGAGGUGACCAGCCUGGACGAUCUUCUGGAAGAGGCGUCUGAUGAGCCAGUUCCCUACGAUCUCGCCACCCCCAGGGAUCUGUCUGACACUUGUCUGUACAUCUUCACCUCCGGGACCACAGGACUCCCCAAGGCCGCCCGCGUCAGCCACAUGAAAUGCAUCCUGUGCUUAAAGUUCUACCAUCUGGUCGGCGGGACCAGCUCCGAUGUGAUCUACGUGGCCCUGCCCCUCUACCACUUGGCGGGGGCUCUGCUGGGGAUUGUCGGUACUUUUGGACUGGGUGCUACUUGCGUACUGAAGAAGAAGUUCUCCGCCCGCCAGUUUUGGCCCGACUGCCGGCUCUAUGGCGUGACCGUGUUCCAGUACAUCGGAGAGCUUUGCCGCUACCUUGUCAACCAGCCUCAGACUCCCGAAGACCGGGACCACAGCUUGCGCAUGGCGGUGGGCAGCGGACUACGCGCGGACGUCUGGCGCGAGUUCCUCCGCCGCUUUGGGGACAUGCGGAUCAUGGAAACAUAUGGGAUGACGGAGGGCAGCGUGACCUUCUUCAACUUCACGGGGACCGUGGGAGCCGUGGGGCGAGCGUCUUGGCUUUAUAAGCGUUUGUUUCCAUUCGAGUUGCUUCGGUAUGACGUCCUGCAGAGCACUCCACUAAGAGACAAGGCCGGCCGAUGCCAGCGCGUGGAAACAGGGGAACCGGGACUUCUGGUUGCGCCCGUGACCCCCAUGACACCGUUCCUGGGAUAUGCCGGAGGGCAGGAGCUAACGGAAGCCAAACUCCUGCACAACGUUUUUGCCGACGGAGAUACCUACUUCAACACAGGUGACCUGAUGUUACAAGACUCUAACGCCUUCAUCUAUUUCUGGGAUCGCACUGGCGACACAUUCAGGUGGAAGGGUGAAAACGUGGCCACCACUGAAGUGGGUGAGAUUCUGGGUGCCCUGGAGAGCUUGCAGGAUGUCACCGUCUAUGGCGUCACCGUUCCAGGCCACGAAGGUCGGGCCGGGAUGGCCACGGUGGUGCUGAGGCCCGGGCGGGAGUUUGACGGAGCUGAGGUCUACAAACACGCUGUCGAGCUUUUGCCCCCAUACGCUCGGCCUCGCUUUCUUCGAAUUCAGGACCACCUAGAGAUGACAGAAACUUUCAAGCAAAAGAAGGUCCGUUUAACAGCUGAAGGAUUUGACCCGACACGGAUCACGGAGCCCCUUUACUUCCUGGACGAAGGCGCCAAGAUGUAUGUGCCUCUGACCCAACCCGUCUGGGAGGGAAUCGCUGCUGGCGACAUCCGGUUGUAACACCCGGUCUUGCUGAUUGAUGUAUGGAGCCCGGCGAGGACCUGCGCCCCAGCAUGCUGUUCUCUGAGGCUGAGGGAACAGUGCAUGCUGGGAAAAUGUGGCAUCCUCCUGGACCCGUCAACCUUAAGGAGCCUUUCUGUGCCUGCUUUCCUCCAAAGCUUUCUCUCUCUAGACGCCUGUCAUCUGCUAGAUGUUCUAUCCAAUACAUAUCCCAGGUGACCUUACUUUGGGAGGGGGUCGUGGCUCAGUGGUAGAGCAUCGUCUUGCCGCAGGUUCAAUUCCUGGCAUCUCCUGAGACCCUGGAAAGGCGCUGCCAGAGUUAAUUUUGGUGGAUUAGUGCUCUGACUCCAUAUAAAGCAGUUUCAUGUGCUUCUUCACUCCCAAUGUGCCUCUUGGCUGGGACCCAACCAGCUCAGUCCAGCCAGCCGGUUGGCAUAAAGCAAAAAUCCUCAUUUUGCUGUUCUGGAGUUGAAAUUUCUUACGGAGGGAGAAUUGAGAGGGGGCUGCAACUUCCCACCCCCCCGGGGGGAUGGAUUUCACCAUCUUGCCCUGGAUACAUUAAAUGCAAUUUCUUGGGUCCGUCCCAGCUGGUGUAAACGGGUGUGCCAGCGCGGUAUAGUGAUUAACAGCAGGUGCACUUUCCUCUGGAGAACAGGGUUUGAUUCCCCACUCUGCCACUGGAGCUGUGAAGGCUUAUCUGGUGAACCAGGUUAGCUUGUGCAUUCCAACACACGCCAGCUGG